AUGGAAAUGCUUGAUGUUUGGGAAUGCUGCAAGACCAAAAGCAAAGUAUGGUUACAAAUGCAGAACAAACUACUUACUGCUGAUAGGUUGAACAAAUGGGGCAUGAUGAUUGAUACCAAAUGCAGUUUAUGUCAGAAAGCAGAGGAAACUAGAGACCAUCUAUUUGUGGAAUGUGAAUAUACGAAAGCAAUGAUGCAUAAGCUAAUGAGCUGGACACAAAAUCAAAGCAUAGUAGCAAGUAGCUGGGAGCAACAUGUGCAGAAGGUGAUCAAACGAGCUAAAGGCAAGUCAAAGGAAGCCCAACUAUUCAAGAUGUUAUAUUCUGAGUUAGUACAUUAUAUAUGGAUAGAGAAAAAUAGAAGGAUUUUUGAGAAGACAAGUAUAGGAUGGAAGAGGAUAGCCAAAGAGAUCACAUGUGUUUGUUAUGUGCGGCCAUUUUAA